AUGAUGGCAGAGUCACCUAGGAACCGAGAGUCCAGGCUAUGGAUCAAUGCCAAUGGAAAUGCCACCCUCUUUGCAGACAAAAUCCUUCUGCAAGUAGUGCGUCUCUGCAACCCCUUCUCCGCCUACCCAAACCAGUGCUUUAACAGCGGCGGGUCCCAGUCCAUCUGCUGCUCCAACUCCUGUCCCACCGCCCCCUCCUCAACCCCCCUCUGUGCCGACAAUGUCCCGGGGGUCUCUCCCACUGUGAACACCCCCAAUGCCACGACCCCCGCUCCAACCACUGGCGCCCCCUCCCCCACCUCCCCCUCUUCCACUAACCCCGCCCCUACAACCCCCUCCCCGACUGUCGCACCCGCCCCUGCGCCUGCGUCUGUGAACUAUACGGGCUUCCCGGAGUUUGCUCCCGCUUCCACUGCUGACGUCAGCAGCUUCCAGGACACGUACCACCCCACGCUCAAGUUUGCCGUGAUUGGAGAUGUGGGCCGUGUUGGAGGCCAACCCUCUGAGGGCGCCCCUCAGUGCCCAGCCUCCCUCUUCUCCGACAAUGACACCGUUGGCGGCGAGCUGCAGCUUACCACCGCCAAGCUCCUGGCCGGUGAGUGCGACGCCCAGAAGUGCGCUUUCAUCGUCAACACGGGCGACAACUUCUACGAAUGCGGAGUGUACACGGGCGACACCACCCGUCUCAAGACCGACAUCUUCGACGUCUACAACCCCUACUAA